AAAAUUGUAAUCCCCAAACAAGGGCAGGGACAAAAGGUGGGAAAGGAAAAACGGAGAGAAAUUUGGGGCAAAUAAAUGGGUUGGUGGUGACGGCAGCGACACGACUGCGAUUUUUUUUAGAUUUGAUCGGAGACACAUAGUUGUCAUCUUCAUCAAUCUAAGAUAAAAAUGCAAGGUAGCAUCUAUUCGAGGUGUUUUAGGGGUAGGGAGUUGUUGCUCCACAAAGCACAAAAAAUGAUUUUGAAUUACAUCCCUUCUCGCCCUUUACCUUCCCAACUACUAAACCCUCCAAGUUAUCGAACUCAUCUUUCAACCAUUAAACGAUACCCAUACCCAUGGGAUUCUUCAAGAACCGGUUUCAAACAAAUCAAGGCAUUCAUUUCUGAUUUUCCUGCUAAAAACCCUGAUGGAAAAUCAAAUGGGCAUGCCAUGUUUUCAACAUCUUCAGCUGGCGCAAAAAAGCCUCUCCUCAACAAGGAACAAACUCAGCCUGCAACGGAAGCCGAUCAAAUAUCUAAUGCCAGAAUUAUAAGCACUCUCGCUAAAUACUUGUGGAUGAAGGAUAAUUUUGAGUUCCGCUUUCGCGUUAUUGCUGCCUUGACUUUACUAGUUGGUGCAAAGGUUGUGAAUGUUCAAGUACCAUUCUUAUUUAAGCUUGCUGUUGAUUGGUUGUCAACAGCAACUGGCAAUGCUAGCGCGCUUGCAGAGUUUACUACUGCCAACUCUACUGUUUUGGCUCUUUUCGUAAGUCCUGCUGCGGUCUUGAUUGGGUAUGGUAUUGCACGAUCAGGGGCAUCCGCUUUCAACGAAUUGCGAACUGCAAUUUUCUCAAAGGUCGCACUCCGCACUAUUCGGUCAGUUUCACGGAAGGUCUUUUCGCACUUGCAUGAACUCGAUCUGCAAUAUCACCUUAGUCGAGAAACAGGUGGUCUUAAUCGGGUCAUUGACCGUGGUAGCCGAGCUAUCAAUUUUAUUCUUUCGUCAAUGGUUUUCAAUGUUUUCCCGACGAUAUUGGAGAUAUCAAUGGUAUCAGGUAUACUUGCAUACAGAUUCGGAGCUUCCUUUGCAUGGAUUACAUCACUGUCAGUGGCUGCAUAUAUCGCUUUCACCUUAAGUAUUACCCAGUGGCGAACUAAGUUUAGGAAGGAGAUGAAUAAAGCUGAUAAUGAUGCAAGCACACGAGCAAUCGAUUCUCUUAUCAACUAUGAGACUGUUAAGUACUUUAACAAUGAGGUGUAUGAAACCGAGAAGUAUGAUCACUUUUUAAAGAGAUAUGAAGAUGCUGCCUUAAAGACACAACGUAGUCUUGCAAUCUUAAACUUUGGGCAAAGUGCAAUAUUCAGCAUAGCUCUCUCAGCUGCUAUGGUUUUAUGUUCUAAUGGGAUUAUGAAUGGUGUCAUGACUGUUGGUGACUUGGUCAUGGUAAACGGGCUGCUGUUCCAGCUAUCGCUUCCGCUGAAUUUCCUUGGUAGCGUAUAUCGUGAGACCAUCCAAAGUUUAGUGGACAUGAAAUCAAUGUUUCAGUUACUAGAGGAAAAAGCUAAAAUCGGAGAUGCAGCUGAUGCGAAAUCUCUUAAUUUGAGUGGGGGUAGCAUUCAAUUUGAGAAUGUUCACUUCAGUUAUUUGACAGAAAGGAAGAUUCUAGAUGGGAUCUCUUUCAUUGUUCCAGCUGGAAAAAGUGUAGCUAUUGUAGGAACAAGUGGCAGUGGCAAAUCAACUAUUCUUAGAUUGCUCUUCAGAUUCUUUGACACCCAUUCUGGAAAUAUAAAAAUAGAUGGUCAAGAUAUUCGGGAGGUUACCCUUGAGAGUCUUCGGAAAUCUAUUGGCGUUGUUCCACAGGAUACUGUUCUUUUCAAUGAUACUAUAUUUCACAAUAUCCGCUAUGGGCGGCUCUCUGCCUCCGAGGAGGAGGUGUACAAUGCUGCUCGACAAGCUGCAAUCCAUGAUACUAUUAUAAAAUUCCCACAGAAGUAUGCUACAGUGGUGGGAGAACGUGGACUAAAGUUAAGUGGUGGUGAGAAGCAAAGAGUUGCACUAGCACGUGCAUUCCUUAAAGCGCCUGCGAUAUUGCUUUGUGAUGAAGCCACGAGCGCACUUGACAGCACGACAGAAUCAGAAAUACUAAGUGCUUUAAAGUCUCUAGCAAUUAACCGGACUGCAGUUUUUAUUGCCCAUAGGCUCACUACAGCUAUGCAAUGUGAUGAGAUCAUAGUGUUGGAGAAUGGGAAAGUGGUGGAACAAGGGCCACAUGAAUUUCUUCUAUCAAGGCCUGGGAGAUAUGCACAACUUUGGUCACAGCAGAACACAGUGGAUGGACUUGAUGUGGCGAUCAAGUUGAACCUAUGAUAUGCCCCUUGCUGUUCAUUCAGGAAAGAAACAAAUUAUGACUUGACCAGCGAGUUUGCCCAAUCAUCUCACUUCUUUCAUCAAUCCAACAAAGUAUAUCAGUUUCCGAUAAAACAGUUUCACCCUCACUACCAUGUUUAAUCCGUUGAUGUAGUGGGGCAGGAUUUGCUUCCCCGUGUUAAUCCACAGGUCAAACUAAUCUUGUCAAUGAUUAUAGGCAUUUAGUUUUGUUAGAAGUGGUGAUAUUUGCAAUUGAUUAGAAGCAGCUAUGUAUUAAUCAGUGUAGUGCGCACUUGUUAUUUUUGGAGAGCCAAAGAUUGUGAUUUAUGAAGUUCAGAAUCCCUAUUCCCUAGCUUACUGUUAAGAUCCAGUCUUUGGUGUUCGUAGUCGAUUAGACAUUAUACACCUCCACAUAACACACUAAAUUGUGUUCAGUAUCUAAAAUGUCACUUGCUCAAUUAUGAGGUAUCUAUGUUGGUGUAUGUAGACUUCUUGUGUUGUAUUCGAUAUGUUUUAUAUCUUAAAUCUUCUACUUCUAAA